CUUCCCCCUCCCGGCUCGCGCAUGCGCGUGGCUGCAGCCGCUUUCUCCCUCCCUGCUUGCCCCCCACCCGCGUCUGUCUUCCUCCUCCUCCUUCCCCGCCCGGGACGGCGGCGGCAAGAUGGCGGCGGCGACGGUGGCCGGAAGGGCUCAGGCUCCGCGCGAAGGCGGCUUGGGCUCCUCGGGGCGCCCGCCCAGGCGGCAGCAAGGACUGUGAAGAAGAAGAGGAGGAGGGGGAGGAGGAGGAGGAGGGGGCCAGCUGCGAAGUGGAAUGCCAUGGCUCACUCCUCAGACAGCGAAGAUGACAGCUUUAUGGCGGUGGACCCCGAGGAAGCCGCGGCGGAAGGGAGCAUGGAGCAGGACGAGGAGUCCCGCCCCAGGGAGGAGGAGGAGCAGCGGCGGCAGCAGGAGGAGAAGCAGCCCCAGCAUCACCGGUCCAUGCUGGAGCUCCCGGAAGAGGUGCUGGAGUAUAUCUUGUCCUUCCUCUCGCCAUAUCAGGAGCACAAGACGGCCGCCCUCGUCUGCAAGCAGUGGUAUCGGCUGAUCAAAGGUGUCGCCCAUCAGUGUUACCACGGCUUCAUCAAGGCCGUUCAAGAGGGGAACAUCCAGUGGGAGAGCCGCACGUAUCCCUACCCUGGAACCCCCAUCACCCAGCGCUUCUCACACAGUGCGUGUUACUACGGCGUCAAUCAAUCCAUGUACGUGUUUGGGGGCUGCACGCAGAGCAGCUGCAACGCUGCCUUCAACGACCUCUGGAGGCUCGACCUGAACAGCAAAGAAUGGAUUCGGCCGCUGGCCUCAGGCUCUUACCCUUCGCCAAAGGCUGGCGCCACGCUGGUGGUGUACAAGGACUUGCUGGUGCUCUUUGGCGGCUGGACGCGGCCAAGCCCUUACCCCCUGCACCAGCCGGAGAGGUUCUUUGACGAGAUCCACACCUACUCGCCCUCCAAGAACUGGUGGAACUGUGUCGUGACAACCCACGGCCCGCCUCCCAUGGCUGGCCACUCCUCCUGCGUCAUACAGGACAAAAUGAUCGUCUUCGGGGGCUCCCUGGGCUCCCGGCAAAUGAGUAAUGACGUCUGGGUGCUGGAUCUGGAGCAGUGGGCCUGGUCCAAGCCAAACAUCUCUGGCCCCAGCCCUCACCCCCGAGGGGGCCAGUCACAGAUUGUCAUUGACGACGAAACCAUCCUGGUCCUGGGUGGCUGCGGUGGGCCCAAUGCGCUCUUCAAGGACGCCUGGUUGCUGCGCAUGAACUCCAGCCCGUGGACGUGGCAGCCCCUGAAGGUGGAGAACGAGGACCAGGGAGCCCCCGAGCUGUGGUGCCAUCCCGCUUGCAAGGUGGGCCAGUGCGUGGUGGUCUUCAGCCAGGCUCCCAGUGGGCGGGCGCCCCUCAGCCCCAGCUUGAACUCUCGCCCGUCUCCCAUCAGUGCCACGCCCCCAGCCCUGGUUCCCGAGACGCGGGAAUACCGCUCCCAGUCUCCGGUUCGGACCGCAGAUGAGGCGCCCUGCGUGAACGGGCGCUGGGGCACCCUGAGGCCCCGGGCACAGAGGCAGACGCCUUCGGGGUCUCGGGAAGGGAGCCUCUCGCCAGCCCGGGAGGACAGUUCGCCCGUGCUGAACGGCAGCGGGGGCUUGUCUCCAGGCGCCCUGGCCGUGGGCGGAGCUUCCUUGGACAGCCCGGUCCAGGCGGUGUCCCCCAGCAUGCCUUCUGCCGCCGAAGGAUGCGACCUGAAGCUCGGCCUUCCCCUCGCGCCCCGGCGGGGCUCCCUCCCCGACCAGAAAGACCUGAGACUGGCCUCCGUGGAUUUGAACUGGGAGCCGAAACUGCCUGCUCUGGCCUGUCAGCUGGACAGCAGCCUGGACAGCAGCCGGGGCACCGUCGGCGGCGGCGGCGUCCGGAACCCCCCCGAGCAGACCAACGGCAUCCACAGCCCGCCUCAGGUGGCCAGCUCCUUGGCAGGGGCGGUCUCCCCGGGCGCCCUGCGGCGGAGCCUGGAAGCGGUGAAAGCCUUGUCUUCCAAAGGCCCGCCCGCCCUUGCGGUGCUGAGCCCCCCUCUGGGGUCCUCGCCAGGGUCUCCCGGCAGCCAAAGUGCCAGCAGCGCCGCCGCCGCCGAGCCGGCCCCCGCCCCUCGCCCGGGCUCCGCCCAGGGGGACGGGCACUCGCUGCCUCCCAUCGCCCGCCGGCUGGGCCACCACCCGCCCCAGUCACUCAACGUGGGCAAGCCUCUGUACCAGAGCAUGAACUGCAAGCCCAUGCAGAUGUACGUCUUGGACAUUAAGGACAGCAAGGAGCACGGCCGGGUCCAGUGGAAGCUCUUCAGCAGCAGCGCCGUGGUGGGGCCGCCCGAGACCAGCCUGCACACGGUGGUGCAAGGCCGGGGCGAGGUGAUCAUCUUUGGCGGCCUGAUGGACAAGAAGCAGAACGUCAAGUACUACCCCAAAACGAAUGCCUUGUACUUCGUGCGAGCGAAGAGAUAAUGCGGCAGGCCUCCCCCCCCCCACCCCCCAUCCAGCCCCGCCGCUCUCCCCCGCCUCGGCUUCCGGUUACCUGAUCAGACCCCCCGCGCCCCUUAGCGCUCUUGGCAAGCAGGCUGUGAACGGGGGGUCCCGCACCCCGUAAUAAAAGCAGAAAAUGUGAGCACAUGGUGCGAAUGCUUCCCUCUGGCUCCCAGCAUGCUCCUUGCCUGAGGCUCCGAAGCUUCCUUUGCAGAGAGAACGAGUGGCAAAGAGGGGGCGGGCGAGCGGGCCGAGAGGAGGCCGUCGAGCAGUGCCGCGGGAGAGGGGGCCCCUGGGGGCCCGGAUUGCUUUUGCCUCGGACUGAGCCGCAGCAAGGCCUGGUCAGCUGGUGCCUCUGCCUGGCUCCCCCACCUGGGAGGGAAGGCAGGCCCUGGGGCUUGUGUGGAGCCCCAGGAGGCGGAGAAGGACCCUCCCCGACUAUAAGUCCCAGAGGAGUUGCUGUGCGAAUCGGUGCAAACGGAAUAGUCUUGGGACACCUUGGAGACGGGCAGGAGAAACUUCUGCGGGAGAAGUUUCCGUGGGACAGGCCCUGGUUGCGUCUGUCCCACAAGAGCUUCUCCUGCACAUCCCGUGCAGUGUUUCUGGUGCCACAAGGCUCUUGGCCAUUUCUGUGAGAGCCCCCAGGCUUGCCCUGCGCUGGAGGGUAGGGGAGGCCGGGUGGCCGUGGAAUGGCACCCCCUUCCGCCCUUGGCUUUCUUCGCAGCCGGUCGCGAUGGGCAUGCGUUAGCAAGCACAUUUUUGCGCCCCGGUUCAGGAGACCUCAGUGGCUCGGCUGGCAAGCUUUCCCCUUGCCCCGGGCCCUCCACGGCAUCAUCUCCCUUGUGCAUCCAACUUGGAAUUCGGUUUUCAGGUGGCAAAAAAAACCCCUCUCUUCUGCUUGGAGCUUUCCAAACCGAGCCUGGCCCUCCUUUCAUUAUUCCUCCCUAGGCAGCAGCCGGUGUGGCUGUGCCUGGCCACCACCCCGCAAACCCCGCUCUGAGCUUCGGUUUCUCCUCUCCCUGCCCCAGCUGCAGCCACGGGGCAGGUGAAGGGGCUUGGCAGGCUGGUGGAAGUGGGGUGGGUGGGUGGGUGUCCGCAGCACCCCCGGUGGAAGCUGUGGCAGCCCCUUGGAAGGCGGCGAAAUGCUUGUGAGGUCCAAGGGGGGACCUCAAGGGUGGAGGAGCAGGGGCUGGAGGAAACCUAGGAAGUCAGCCAAGGGUGGGGGUGAGAGGUACUGUAGGGGCCCCAUGGAAACGGCAUCCCCCCCGCAAAGGGCCCUUGCUCGUCAAACACACGCGAGUGGCUUAAAGGCAGCGUCUCUCUCUCUCUCUGUCCCUGGUGACAUGGUCCACCCAUCCUGUCCCUGUGACUUCCCUUCCUCCCACUUCUCCCUACAACCAUAAAGCGGCUGCUUCUCUGGGGUUUUUUGGGGUUUUUUAACAACGAGGCGAUCCACACAGAGCUUCAGCCAGUCGCUCUGUACCCCUGGCCUCUGCGUCUUGCUGGAGGCCGUUUCCAUUUCCAAGCGGUCUCCUCCCCUGCCCUCCUGGUUUGCAGAUGAGUGCCGUUUGCGGGCUGUGCAGAAAGAAACCCUGGAGGAAAGCUUUCCUGGGUCUGCUUCUGGUGGCCACCCCCUGCUAUGGAGGGAGGAUCCGUGUGGCCGUGGGCCUCUCCCACCCCCCUCCAACUCACCGGCUCCUGUUCCCUUUAGGAGCUCAGCCUUGAACCCCCACAAACUGGGAAUGGACUGUUGACCAAACGAACCUUGUGUUGCAUUGACCUACUUGCUGCCCAGGGCCUGAAAGGAAUUGGGGGUGGGCAGAAGCGAGGAGGAGAGAGAGGGCUUCGUCCGCGUCCCCCUUUUUUUCUGCAUCCUCGACAAAUCUGUGUGAAUCCCUCCCAUCUGUCAAGCUGGGCUGUGUACUGUCUUAAAGCCUGUGUUGUCUUAACAGAAGUGGGGCAUGUUUUCCCUCAUUCUCACCCCACCCCGCCAAAAAAUAAAGCCCUCAGGAGCACUUAAGGAUCCUAACCAAAAAGACACACACUUGAAUCUUGGAGGCAGUGUUCAGGGGCACCCUUCUGGCUGUUUCUCACGAAACGGGCACUAUUUCCCCCUAACCAAGAAUGGAGACUUGGUUUCCCUGCAUGCUGCUUCUCCUUGCGUGGUGGGAACGCCCUCGAAUACAAUCACAUCGCUGUCUGAUUGGGAAGUAGUCACAGCUGGCCCUGCUGGUGGAUUCCGACAAGAACAUUCCAAAUUCUUCCCUGCACCUGAAAUCCUUGCACAUUUCCCAAAUGUCUGCGUCGCGAGCAGGCUCAGGUGGCUUCAGUUCAGAAGGAAAGGCUGGUUUUGACUCCUGUGCAGGAGUCAAAAACGGGUCUUUGACUCCUGUGCAGCCCCUCUGCCUGCAGGAUGAGUUGGGGGAAAGGGGGAAACAGCACCCGCGAGACACCCACGCCCCUCUGCUCUCUCCCUGUGCGGUUGUAGCAGAUGCACUCUGGUGGUGCACGAAGCACCCCACGCACACGCAGCUCUUUCCCCUCUGCUCCCAAGAGUGACUUUUCUCUUCUCAAGGGCAGAAUUCCCUUCUCUGCUCUCUUUCCCUGCCCACCUUAAGAAGGAUCUUCGUUGUGCCUCACAGCAGGGUACAACCUGGUGCGAUGAGUGAGGGUCUCCCCCCCCACCCCACUUUGGAACACACACACACGCACCCCUGUGACUCAGGAUGGACCACACACACACACACACACACACACACACACACACAGAGGCAAACACACCUCUAAUCAUUUUAGGUUCAUCCAAGUUGUAGGAAUGGAAAGUGAAUGUCCUUGAUAUUUAAAAUGGAAACAUGAGGAUUCUGUGUGAAUUUCGUUUUUCUUUCUUUUGUUAAAUGUUUUCCCCCACGCCCUGACGGAUUUUUAGCAAUUUAACAAAUAAAAAGGAAAAAAGUUUCAAACCGC